UGGAUUGGAGAAUUCUUCCUAAAAAACAAAAGCGAUCUUCCGAAACCCCCCCCCUCCCCCAAAAAAAUCUCUCUCGCAUGAAACGAGCACAGAGCGACGUCGGCGGAGGCGGCACAGCCACUGGCGACGACAUCAAGAAGCCGGUAUUCCUCACCAAAGCCCAGAGAGAGCAGUUAGCACUGAAGCGUCGCGAGGAAGAAAUCGCUGACCACAAACGCCAAUCCGAACCCCUCCUUCUCCAUAACCAUCGGCCUUCCACCUCCGAUUCCAAACCCCACUCCGAUCCAUCCCAUGACAACAGCCGUCGCCACGACCACCACCACCACCGCUCCUCCCGCGAUCGCGAUUAUGAGCGCGACCGAGACCGAGAUUCGGAGCGGCGGAACCGCGAGCGGGAGCGCGAGGAGGAACAAAAGGCUCGGGAGCGUGCUCGAUUGGAGAAGCUAGCGGAGCGAGAGCGAGAGAAAGAGCUUGAAUCCAUCAAAGAGCAGUACUUGGGAUCCAAAAAACCUAAGAAACGCGUCAUUAAGCCCAGCGAGAAGUUCCGCUUCUCCUUCGACUGGGAAAACACCGAGGACACCUCCCGCGACAUGAAUAUCCUCUACCAAAACCCUCACGAGGCUCGCCUCCUCUUCGGCCGUGGCUUUCGCGCUGGCAUGGAUCGCCGCGAGCAGAAGAAGCUCGCUGCCAAGAACGAGAAGGAAAUCAGAGACGAGAUUCGCAAGAAGGACGGUAUUGAGGAGAAACCUGAAGAGGCCGCCGCCCAGAAACUCAAGGAAGAGGCCGCUGAUUUGUACGACACUUUUGACAUGAGGGUCGAUCGCCAUUGGUCCGACAAGAAGCUCGAAGAGAUGACCGAGAGGGAUUGGAGGAUCUUCCGUGAAGAUUUCAACAUUUCCUAUAAGGGAUCCAAGAUUCCUCGCCCUAUGAGGAGCUGGGUCGAGAGCAGGUUGACUCAGGAGCUGCUCAGGGCCGUCGAGAGGGCAGGCUACAAGACCCCCUCCCCAAUUCAGAUGGCUGCCAUUCCACUCGGUCUCCAGCAGCGUGAUGUCAUUGGUAUUGCGGAGACUGGUUCUGGUAAGACUGCUGCAUUUGUUCUUCCCAUGUUGACUUACAUAUCUAGGCUACCUCCAAUGAGCGAAGACAACGACGCUGAGGGGCCUUAUGCAGUUGUCAUGGCCCCUACUCGAGAACUUGCACAACAGAUUGAGGACGAGACUGUCAAGUUUGCUCAUUAUUUGGGCAUCAAGGUUGUUUCUAUUGUUGGCGGCCAGUCAAUUGAAGAGCAAGGUUUCAAGAUUAGGCAAGGGUGCGAGGUAGUCAUCGCCACGCCUGGCCGUCUUAUUGAUUGCUUGGAGAGGCGUUAUGCUGUUUUGAAUCAGUGCAAUUAUGUUGUCCUUGAUGAGGCUGAUCGUAUGAUAGAUAUGGGUUUUGAGCCGCAAGUUGUGGGUGUCUUGGAUGCAAUGCCUUCAAGCAAUUUAAAACCCGAGAACGAAGAUGAGGAGCUCGAUGACAAAAAGAUUUACCGGACAACUUACAUGUUCAGCGCUACAAUGCCACCGGCUGUGGAGCGACUUGCUAGAAAGUACCUCAGAAAUCCAGUGGUUGUCACCAUUGGUACUGCAGGAAAGACAACUGACCUAAUCACCCAACAUGUGAUCAUGAUGAAGGAGUCGGAGAAAUUGUAUAGGUUGCAGAAAUUGUUGGAUGAACUUGGAGAUAAGACAGCUAUUGUGUUUAUUAACACUAAGAAGUCUGCUGAUAACCUUUCCAAAUCUUUGGAUAAGUCUGGCUAUCGCGUGACAACUUUACAUGGUGGCAAGUCUCAGGAGCAGAGAGAAAUUAGUCUUGAAGGUUUCAGGGCCAAGAGAUACAAUGUAUUGGUUGCAACGGAUGUAGCAGGACGUGGGAUUGAUAUUCCGGAUGUGGCCCAUGUAAUCAAUUAUGAUAUGCCUGGGAAUAUUGAAAUGUACACCCAUCGUAUUGGACGAACAGGUCGUGCAGGAAAGACAGGUGUUGCAACAACAUUCUUGACUUUACAUGAUACUGAUGUCUUCUACGAUCUCAAGCAGAUGCUUAUUCAGAGUAACAGUCCCGUGCCCCCUGAAUUGGCUAGACACGAGGCUUCAAAAUUCAAACCGGGAAGUAUUCCUGACCGACCACCUAGGCGGAAUGACACAGUGUUUGCUCAUUGAAUUUGAAGCAGCAUUGAACUGUGCUGUAUUAUGGUUAGGAGAUCAGAAUUGAAGUGAAGAAUUUGGUUGCUGCUACAGACAAGGAACUGAGUUUGCAUUGGAACACAAGCUUCUAUAAUGUGGUAAUAAGAAUUGCAAAGUGCUGAAUGUAGUGUUGAAGAUGUGAUUAUAUCUUUUCUGAUAUUCCUGCCAUGCUAUUAGCUUCUAUCAACUAGAAGGAUCUUCGUAAUUGUAUUAGACAUUAGUUAAAGGAUUUCAUUUUAGAUGAUUUCUUUCUUAAUUUUCCUGAAAUUAUAUUUUGUUAUAAUUUGUACGUGUUGAAUUAGGAAUGUUCACUUUGAAGGGUUAAUUUCUAGUCAGUAUUGCUUUUAGAACAUUCUAAUGUCUGCAAUUUGAUCCCUAUUGUCCCUUCUAUGGUU